AUGGUCCCAAUGUCCAAGGUGGCUGGGAGCGGUUGCCCACUUGGUCAGGGAAGGCCGGAUUUUACUAGCGCUUCAGAGAACGUCAAGUGCUUCUGUGGCUGGGAUGAAGCCAUUGGUAUUCGCGCUGGGGAUGCGGUGAAGGACAGCUUCAUGUCGGGGAGCUGCUCAUCCGAGUCUUGUCACUGCCCUCAAGGAUGCAAAUCCGAUGUGGUUCACCGACACAGGUCGACGGUGACCUUCACCAACCGCAACAGUGCCAAAGGCUGCCGCAACCAAAGCUCGAUUGCUCUGUUGACGAUUCCACAGAUGUAUUUUCGAAACAUCAUCGAGCUCCUGCAGUGCUCACCGACUUCAGCCCAUGAGAUCGUCCAGGAGGCUUUGCGGGAGAGCUUCCAUGAGUUCCAGUUCUGGUCCGCGGGGCCGGUGAGGCAAUGCAUCCACGCCACCCGGACCGUAAGACCGUCGAAUGGAUGCACCUCCACACCUUCUGCUCAGCAGGCCAUCUGGACCGGAUGCCAGGGGGUGGCUCCUGGUGCGGGCGGAUGUGGUCGGCGGAGGAGGGCCAAGGCUUGGCGGAGGAGAUGCUUUCCUGGGCGAAGGUUUUGGACACACCUCCUCGCUCACUGCAUUUGCGCACGUGAGACAAACAAAUGCGAGUGCAGGAGUUUUUUUCACGCUUUUCACUGCCAAAUUUUGGGUGUCCCAAACAUGGGUCCAACCCUCCAACCACAUCUAGUCAGUGUUGAUGAGCCCCAGUUCAGGGGACUCUUCCAAACGCUUGGAAAAGCAGGUCUAAUAUUUCUUUUGCCAUUCUUGCGAUGGACGGACUGGAGUUCAUGUGCCGAGACAUGA